UGUGUUCACUCGUCUCAGUUCUGCAGCGAAUUGAGAAGGGACCAGUCUCCGUGAUUUGCACUCCAUCUACUGGAUUUCAUGCACAGAACCCUCAAUUAAAGGCGUUUCGAAAAGGAGGUCCAGAUACAACCUGGGAAAAAAAUACAACUGUCAAGACCCAAAAGGAGUCGUAUAUUUAUAUCUAAAUAAGAGAGAUGUGUUGAAUUUAUUGAUCAGGAUGGAGCCCUGGAGUGCUUUCACAUUGAAGUUUCCUGAUGGAGAAAUGAAGCAUAAAACAUCUCCGUGAAUCAUCUCUUGAAGCUUUGGAGAAACUUCUUGCAUGGAGCUGGCUAGAUAACAGUUAGCCGGCUAGCUGACUAGCCUCCAGCGCUAACUGGUGGACUUUCUGGAUAGCAUGGAUAUUCAUUUUAGUCAAGAUAACCCGAAAGAAGAAAGGGUUUUAUUUUAAAGGACAUUUUAAAACAGUUUAUUGACCUUUUUUUGGCGUUUUAAUACCGAGGAUAAAACGUGUUCACGUUGCUAGUUGAGUCGCUGGUAGGUGUAACGCUGUAACUGUUCAUGUCGCGCGCCUGGAGACUUUACAUAGGUCCUUUAUUUCUUUAUAUUUCAUUCAACAUUUUUAUCAAAUAACAUCUCCAGAGUUUAGAUAACAUCUCUGGACUGUUUCUGUAUAAACAAUGGGCUCGUUAAAAGCCCUCCAGGAGUGGUGUCGAGUGCAGUGUGAGGGCUAUAACGAUGUGGACAUUAGGAACAUGGCAGCGUCCUUCAGGGAUGGACUCGCUUUCUGUGCUCUAAUACACAAACACAGGCCUGAUUUAAUAGACUUCGACUCCCUCUCCAAAGAAAAUGUCUACGAAAACAACCAGCUGGCGUUUGAGUUGGCAGAGACAGAGCUUGGUAUUCCAGCCCUGUUAGACGCAGAAGACAUGGUGUCUAUGAAAGUGCCUGAUCGUCUCAGUAUCAUCACCUACGUCUCACAGUACUACAACUUCUUUACAAACAAAUCUCAAGCUAAUCCCCCCUGUAUGAAGAGACCGGGCAGUUCAGGUCAUAUAGAACCAGCAAUAAAGAAACCACCAACACCUCUAGAAGACAAAACCACAACAUCUGAGUCGAACGCAGACAGCCAAUCAAAACGCAGCAAUCUGAGCAGUACAUGUGCAGCCUGCGAGAAACACGUUCAUCUGGUGCAAAGGUUCCUCGUCGAUGGCAAACUUUACCACCGUAACUGUUUCAGGUGUAUGGAAUGCAGCAGCACUUUAUUGCCUGGCUCUUACAAACUCGUAGGAGAUGCCGGAUCGCUGGUCUGCACGCACCACUUUGCCAGGAUACCUGGCACCCAGAACGGUCGUUCUGAUCUGAGCAAGCAGAUUAGCCCGGUAUCACCAGGCGCCAGCCCUGAAUCUCCUCCUAGCGGGGGAAGUUUGGAAAAAACCCUGCCAGAUUAUUCCGAUGCCAACGAACACACUGCUGCGGAUGAUAAAUCACGCGAAACACACUCUCCAGAGAGAGAGAGCUGGCAAAAGGAAAAGGGAGGGGAGAAGAUAAAAGAGGAACUGCAGGAUAGCGCGAGAGAACAGCUAGAACGCCGCACUCCCAGUCCACCAAAUCCUUUUGAUGAAUCUGAUGAAGAGGAACUAAAGGAGGAAGAGCAGCCAAAGCCAGCUACAGAAGUCACUAAUGGCGAUCGUCCCCCAACCCCAGUAAGGAGCACCACAGGAGGGAAUCGACCAGUCCCUGCCCCAAGAAAAGUGUCUGACCCUUGCCCUAGUCCUCGUCCUGUACCAAGGCCCCGCCCACCAAGGCCUCUGCAGACUCCAGCAGUCAGUGAAAAUGCAGGUGAUCGGAGACCAGUUCCACGUGAAAGAUCCCAGUCACCUGCAAGCUCCAUUAAAUCCAGUGACUCUUCCAAACCCAAAGACCCUCCCUGGCUGGCUCUUGUCAAACAAGAGUCCAAGAAAAAGUUGGCUCCUCCUCCUCCCAGACCUGUAGUUGCUCCUCAGUUCUCUACAUCGACUCCUGCCAAAAUCGAGGAGCAAACUCGGCCAGCCGCGCCCCCUAAUCCUUUUGAUGAUGAAAACGGCGAGGAGGCGGAAACCGAAUACUCAGAAGCACCGGUCCCGUCCUCUGUGGUUGCAGUCCAUCCUUGGUAUGGGAUUUCUCCGACUGCUGAAGUCGAGAGCCCCGCCCACUCAGAGAAUCCAAGAAGUGGGCGGAGUAAAAAAAGGCCAGCUCCCCGAGUCCCAAAAUCUGUCCCUACAGCACUUCCUUCUUCUCAGUCUUCCUCUGCCUGUCCCUCUCCAGCUCUGAGCACUGAGAGCCUCUCAUCCUCUUCAUCAGAACAUGGCUUCCCCCGUACCGCUGCCCCUGCAGUUUCCCAACGGCCGUCCUGUACUGAACAAGAGCAUGUGUUCACCAAAAGCGUGUCAGAACCAUCUAUCAGCAGUCCUGGCUCCUCCCCUUCAGCUCUUUCAUCUGAACCUAAGUCGCAUAUCUCACCUAGUCCAUCUCCCUCACAGCCCCACAGUAAUACUUGCUCGGCGCCGGCGACGCCAGAGACAAACAGAAGUGCAGGAAGCAAGGUGAUGAGACCACCUCCUCCCCGCCCACCCGCUGCUCCAAGUCCUCUGAUUGGCUCUCCUUCUUCACAGCAAAACACGCCCAAUAAGCGGGUAAAUCCUUUCAAUCGAAAAGCCUCCUCAACAGUCACCUCCCCACAGUCCAGACCCCCCAAAGGCUCUCGACCUGCACGCCCUCCUGCUCCGGGACACGGCUUCCCUCUUAUCAAGCGCAAGGUGCAGUCAGAUCAGUACAUCCCUGUUGAGGACAUCCAUGUCGAGAUGGUGACACUUGAAAAGCAGCUGGAUGAGCUGGAGCAGAGAGGAGUGGAGCUGGAGCAGAAACUCAGAGGCUGCUCUAACGAGGAAGAGGAGGAGCGGCUGCUGGUGGACUGGUUCACUCUGAUUCACGAGAAACAUUUACUGGUACGCCGAGAAGCAGAGCUGGUGUACACGGUGAAGCAGCAGAAUCUGGAAGAAAGGCAAGCCGACGUAGAAUAUGAGCUCAGGUGUCUUCUCAACAAACCAGAGAAAGAGUGGAACGACGAGGAUCGUGAUCGAGAGAAGCAGCUGAUGGACGAGUUGGUGACCAUCAUUGAGCAGAGGAACCAAAUCAUCAACAGCAUGGAUCAGGACAGACAGAGGGAAGAGGAGGAGGACAAGCUAGUGGCUGCCAUGUUAAAGAAAAAAGAGUUUCAUGGUGAGAGCGAGCACAAGAAGAAGGCUGCCAAGUUUAAACCCAUGAAGGUGUUGAAAAGGCUGAGCACUAAAGGCGACGUUGCAAAGAGCCCGAGCCCACGUAAAGAGAAAAGCUGAGCACGAUAACUGAAUGGACCAUAUGAGUUCCAAGAGCUCUGUGAUGAGCUCUUAUUAGAACUCCCCUUUCUACAUCAGUUUAACGGUAUUAGUUCAGGACAAAGACAAGCUAUUAUAGAGAAAACGCCAGAACGGAAAAAAACAGCAAGAACAGUUAAAAUGGUAUGAACGGUUUUAUUUGCUCAUUCAUGGAUUUCAGGUACUAAUCUCUGAGUGUUAGGGGUGCUGUGUAAAUCUGCUCUACUCAUAUGUCUAUCUAUAGUUUGGGGGGAAAAAAAAAAGGUUUGGAGAAUAGAAGGAACACAGAAUCUGCAGACUUUUUAAAGUGCAAUGUGCUUACCAAGUGGUUUUCCUAGUAACAUGGGGUCGUAUUGACAGAGUGAUCAGAUUAAUGCGUCUCUAUAAUGUGCAUCACGAACCUGGAAAAAUCGGCAUGCAGUAAGCAAGGAGCAGGAAGAUUUCAUUAUUCAUGUUAAUAAUGCUUUUAUAGCACUUUUUAAAGCGUUUGCAGAUCUUGCUGUGUCCACUGUAGACCUAAACAAGCUAUUUCUUUACCAUGAAAAGAUUUGUUUUAAAUGUAGGAAUAUUUUAUCACCAUGAAUUAUUAACCUCAAUUGCUCACAUUUUUUUCGAAAGGAAGAAAAAAAAAAGCUAAAAGUUUUUAAUCCAUAUUCUUUGAAAUGCCUUCGAGCGCAAACGAGAGCGGACCGAGCAUCCGUCUAAAAUUGUACUGUUGUGUAAUGUAUUUAUAAAGAAAAUCUAAAUGUAGAACGUGUGCGCGUCUUGAUACAGACGCAGACUUUUCAGCUCGUCAUUUGUCUACUUUUGUGUUCGUAUUCUCGUUCUUAUAUAAUGCGCUUUUAUUUCUUUUGUCGCAUAAGUGUGGAAACAUGCAAACAUUAUUUUGGGCGGUAAAACGAACGAAAAGGAUCUGAUUUUUAUGUCUCAGUAAAAUGGUUUCUCAUUCAAGCAAACAAAACAAUGACCUGAAAUCAUGUAUAGUCCAUGAUUAAUAAAUAGGCAGUACUGAUAA